CCUACCCCAACCCAACCCCACCUGACGCCUCCUCUCUUGUCAACGUACACACAGUAGCCCCUGUCUCUAUCGUACUCCAUUUUUUUUUGUCAGUUCUCAUUCCAUUCCUCUCGCUUUUCAAGAACCAAGAAAACUUCCAUUUUCGCUUUAAUUCUCGGCCUUUUCCAUAAUCGAUUAAAAUCGAAAAAGAAAGAGAAAUCUUCUUUGCAGACGAACAUUGAAGUGCGAGGAGAAAACGACGAAAAUGGAACAAGAAAUGAUGGAGGAUGGUAAUGACAAUGUUAUGGAUGAGGAAAUGGAAUACAGUUUUAUGGACAAUGAGAUUGAUCUUGAUUACGAGUUCGACGCGGCUCGAUUCUACGACUUCAGCCGACCCGAGUCACUAGCCGAGACUCGCCAUGCUGAGCUCUGGUUUCACUCCGCCGGAAGCUAUCCGCCUUCUCUUUUUGUGGCAAAGUUACUUCAAAGAGAAGACAAGUCAUUGGAGAAUAUUAUUACCUUCCCAAAACAUAAAGACGUGGAAAUCAUGAAAUUAUCAGAUAGCGACACAGGUAUUGAAGCACACCAAGAAACUUCUGCUGUGGACAUGAAAUGUCAAGGUAUUAUGCCCUGCAAAUUCUUUAUUUGGUUCUAUCAAUUCUGGUAUCAGAGCACCGAACUGGGAAGAUGA